UAAGAACAAAUGACUACUGCGCAGACGUUCAGACUUCCCUCGGAUCUGGCACAUCAGGGAUCAGAGCGCCGGACGGGCGGUGUUCUGCGAAGCGUGUUGAGUCAAACGGUACAGUUCGUCAUUUUUUUUCUCUUUUUAUUAGUAAUACAAUUCAUUUUCGUAUUUAAAAAAAAAAAUACAAAGGUGUGCAUUGAAAGUAACAAAAAGAAAAUGAGAAAAAUGUGGUUUAGUGGUGAUCCUUAACGCAUUGCCCUAACGGUAUCAAGCGAUUAUCCCUUUUUAAUAUGGAAGAAUGGUUGGACAUAAAGUUGUUUCACUGAUACUCUUCCUAGCAGGAUGGCAGGGAGUAGCAACUUUAAUACAAGUACGCCAUGUAGCCGUAGAUGUAGGUCAAGCUCUUAUAUUAGCUUGUGCAGAAGAAGAUGCUCUUCCACAUACAGAUUCUCCCGGAGUAAUGUGGAUAAGAGAAGGUCGUGAAGAUGGGCAGAUUAAGCGGUUAAAAGUUGAGUCUAAUGGCAUGCUAGAACUUGUAAAUGUUAGCACAGACGAUGCAGGAAAUUACUCUUGUACCUUGGACGACGACUUGGAUGCUGUUAAAUCCAGAAUAAAUAUAGAAGUUAGAACACCACCACCAGCUUUGCGAAAUGUUUGGGUAAAGCCAUCUACGAUAUUGGCUAAUAUUCUUUGGGAAGUCGGUGGUACAGGUGGAUAUCCUAUCAUAGAUUUUACUGCCGAAUAUCGUCUAAAAGCAAACGAUGGUGAGAAAUCGGAACAAUGGAAGCCCAUUAUACCAACGCACAUUCCUCCCAAUUCUAGACAAAUUGAUGUGUACCAUUUGAUGCCAAACACGACUUACUCCUUUCGAGUGUGGGCUACCAAUCAGUUGGGUAGGGGAGAAAUAGUAGAAGUUGAAAAUCAUACGCAUCAUAGCGUGGAAGAAUUGGAACUUGCAAGACAUUUUUUAGCGGGUGUAGAAGAUUUUGACAUCCGUAUUUGGAUUGCAGCAGUAGGCAUUGUUAUGGGAACACUUUUGUUUCUUGGUAUAGGUACAUGUUGCCUCCUCUAUCGUGAGUGCAAGGCACCCUCGCAGCUGGAGGAGCAGGAGGUGAUUGAACUUGUUCCAAAUAUUAUUUUGAAUCCUGGAUUUUUUGACGAAAGGACAGAACACAUUCCGCAAGAUGAAAAUUUUAACAAUCAAACUACAACACGCCUAAAUAAUAACAACGUAGUGCAGCCCAGGCAACUUUAGCAAUCAUUAAAUUAGAUUUCUGCAUGGAGGAUUUUUGUCUUUUUAAAUGAAUGGGUAAGAGCAGCGCAUGAUUUAAAUAUCAUAUAUAAGUGUGUAUAGGUUGUAUUUCAAAUAGCCUCACGUGAUUAUUAUAAAAGUGCAACAAAUGCAGGGCCACUAAAAAAAAAAAAUAAGAAAAAGGGG